ACCACGACUGGUUCCAGGGCCAGGGCAAGAGGUAGAGUAUGGGCUGGGGCUGGCCUGGAAGCUGGAAUCAAGGGCCCCUCCAAAGCCAGAGCCAAGGCAAAGACCCAGGCCAAGGCAGUGGCUAGGGCAAAACCCAAAACAGGCUCAGUGACUCAGGCCAAGUCUAGGGAUGGAACAGUGGCCAAGACACAAACCAUGACCCACACUGAGGCUUUGGCUGUGACAAGGGAGGUGAGCAGGAAAAAAAUCAUGGCUGAGACUAAUGCAAAAAUGGUGGCAGAACCCAGAGUAGUGUCCAAAAUCAAGUCAGAAGCCGUGCCUGGGUCCAGCGUCAGUGCCAUGACCCAGUCUGAAGUCAAGACUGGUGCUGACAAUGAGUCAUGUGUGAUGGCUGAUGAUAAGGUCAGUAUUGAGUCCAGGCCCCAGAUAAAGGAAGAGGCCAGCGUCAAGUCCAGGGCUGGUAACAAGGCUAAUAUUGGAAUCAAGCCCAAUGAUGAGGAUGAAGAAAAUGUCUGCUCCUGGUUCUGGACUGGAGAAGAACCUAGUGUAGGGUCCUGGUUCUGGCCUGAAGAAGAGACCCCUCCUCAAGUUUAUAAACCCCCACCAAAGAUCGAAGAAAAGCCCAAGCCCACACGCAAAACUGAACUUACUAUAAAGCAAAAAGCAGCAGCAUGGUCAAAGGCCAGGUACAGUGUCCUAGUCCCAAAUGAGGGAGGAGAGCAUUCCUUGCCUCCAGAAGGGAAUUGGACUCUAGUUGAGGCCUUGAUUGAAACUCCUUUGGGGAUUCGGCCUCUGACCAAGAUCCCACCCUAUGGUGGGCCUUACUUUCAGACCUUUGCUGAGACCAAAAAACAGAUUAGGUAUAGGGAAAAGUAUGGGCCCAAUCCAACAGCCUGCCACUGCAAACCAUGUGGCUUUAGUUUAGAGCCUAAAGAGUUUGAUAAACUUGUUGCUCUACUUAAGUUAACUAAGGAUCCUUUCAUUCAUGAAAUAGCUACAAUGGCAAUGGGCAUCAGUCCUGCUUAUCCAUUUACUCAAGAUAUAAUUCAUGAUGUAGGUAUUACUGUUAUGGUUGAAAACUUGAUCAAUAAUCCCAAUGUUAAAGAACACCCUAGAGCUCUAAAUAUGAUAGAUGACAGCUCUGAGUCUUCUGAAGAAUCAAAAAGGGGAGAGGCAUACAUAGUUUGUAAGGACAUACUCUCCUAUCCCUUGAACUCCCCUGUGCAACUGUCUGGACUAAAAUUAUUAGGGCACCUGAGUGUAAAAUUUGAGGAUCACCAUAUGGUCAUCAAUUACAUUCCAGAUUUCCUUACCUUGUUGAACAAAGGAAGUGUUAAAACCAAGUUUUUUGUUUUAAAAGUGUUUUCGUACUUGGCUAAAAAUCAAGCCAAUACAAGAGAACUGAUCAGUGCCGAAGUACUGUCAUCAUUGGUUGCACCCUUUAACAAGAAUGAGUCAAAGCCCAAUAUUCUUACUGUCAUUGAAGUAUUUGAGAAUAUAAAUUACCAAUUCAAAAAGAGGGUGAAGCUGUUUACCAAGGAACAGUUCACUAAAUGUGAACUUAUUUCCAUAUUUCAGGAAGCAAAAGAGUUUGGUCAGAAACUCCAAGACUUAGCAGAGCACAAUGAUCCUGAGGUGAGAGGUAAAAUUAUACGACUAAUACUCAAACUCUGA